AUGGUGGAGAUUAUGAUUGAGAUGAUUGAGAGUAUGGUGGAGAUGAUUGAGAUUAUGGUGGAGAUGAUUGAGAUUAUGGUGGAGAUGAUUGAGAUUAUGAUUGAGAUUAUGAUGGAGAUGAUGAUAAUGGAGAUUAUGAUUGAGAUUAUGAUGAUGAUGCUGAUGUUGAUGAUGGAGAUGUUGAUGAUUGAGAUGAUAGACGAGAUGAUGGACGAGAUGAUGAUGAUGGAGAUGAUGGAGAUGAUGAUGAUGAUGAUGAUGAUGAUGGAGAUGAUGAUUGAGAUGAUGAUGAUGAUGAUGGCUGGUGUCUCCGAGUCAGACAUCUUGGGAACGUUUCACCUCUACGACUCGCCAAGGUAA